UAACUUGUUUAUUAGAAAUAAAUCAUAAUCAAUGUACUUCAGCUCUAACCAAUCACAAAUAGUCAGUUAUUAUAACUAGUUAAAAGAAUACUAUAUGAGAAGCUCACCAUUAUGAUUAUUAUACUAAUAAAAUAAAUAUCGUCUUGUGAAAAAUAUUCAACGCCACAUGGUAUCUUCCUUCUAUAUAAGCAUCAUAACCUCCAAACACUAUCUUCAUUCCAAGUUCAAAACCAUUUACAAUAUAACCUUCAUUGCUUCAAUCUCCCUCUACAAAUUAAACCUUCAACUUCAAAAACUCGUUAAAGAAAAUUUUAAAGAAAAAAUGGAGAAUAUGUUUCGUUUGAUAGAUAAUGAUCAAGAAGCAGCUACUAACCGGUGCAUUUGGGUCAACGGACCGGUUAUCGUCGGAGCAGGACCGUCCGGUCUAGCCACAGCCGCUUGUCUGAGGGAACAAAGCGUUCCUUUCGUGGUUCUCGAGAGAGCAGACUGUAUCGCUUCCCUAUGGCAAAAAAGAACAUACGAUCGUCUCAAGCUUCACCUCCCCAAGCAGUUCUGCCAAUUACCGAAAAUGCCCUUCCCGGAGAGCUUCCCGGAGUACCCCACGAAACGACAGUUCAUCGAUUAUCUCGAGUCUUACGCCUCGCGGUUCGAUAUCAGCCCUAAGUUCAACGAGUGCGUGCAGACCGCUCGGUUCGACGAGACAAGCGGGCUGUGGCGAGUCAAGACCGUGUCGGACGCUGAGUCGACUCGGACGGAGGUGGAGUAUAUUUGCCGGUGGCUUGUGGUGGCUACGGGAGAGAAUGCGGAGAGGGUGAUGCCGGAGAUUGAAGGGCUUUCUGAGUUUACCGGGGAGGUGGUCCACGCUUGUGAUUACAAGUCCGGCGAGAAGUUCGCCGGGAAGAAAGUGUUGGUCGUUGGUUGUGGAAACUCCGGCAUGGAGGUUUCUCUUGAUCUUGCUAAUCAUUUCGCUAAGCCUUCCAUGGUCGUUAGAAGCUCCGUUCAUGUGAUGCCGAGAGAAAUAAUGGGGAAGUCUACGUUUGAGCUUGCCAUGAAGAUGCUGAAGUGGUUUCCUUUAUGGCUAGUGGACAAGAUAUUGUUGGUGUUGUGUUGGUUCGUGCUUGGAAACAUCGAGAAGUACGGUUUGAAACGACCGAAGAUGGGUCCGAUGGAGCUAAAGAGCGCGAAAGGGAAGACGCCGGUUCUUGACAUCGGAGCUUUAGAGAAGAUCCGGUCGGGAAAGAUCGAUGUGGUUCCAGGAGUCAAAAGGUUUAACGGAAACAGAGUCGAGCUUGUUAAUGGAGAGGAACUCGAUGUCGACUCGGUGGUACUCGCUACUGGUUAUCGCAGCAACGUUCCUUAUUGGCUACAGGAAAGUGAGUUCUUUGCAAAGAAUGGUUUCCCGAAAACAGCGAUUGGAAACAGCGGUUGGAAGGGAAGGACCGGGUUGUAUGCGGUUGGGUUCACGAGGAGAGGGCUCUCAGGUGCGUCAAUGGACGCGGUAAACAUCGCACAAGACAUAGGCUCAGUUUGGAAACUAGAAACAAAGCAACCCACAAAACGCUCGACGGCUAGUCAUCGAAGAUGUAUCUCUCAACAGUUCUAAUGCUAGGAGAAUGUUUAGAGUUUUAGGACGGAUACAGAUUACAUCUUAGAGAAGUAAAGAAGAAGAGCCCUCUCUGAAGAAGACCCAAAGUGAAUCAAAGGGUGUUGUGUGUGUUUGUUUUUUUGUUACCUCCUCCACUUGUUGUUUUGGGCGUUUUGUGUAAACAGAGGAUGAUGUGGCCUUUUUUUUUUUUUUUUUACAAUUUACAGUUAACUUUUUGGGGGUUAUUUGAUUCGUUUGUUGGUCCUAAUUAGCAUAGUUUCGACAUCUAUUUUGUAUACAAUUUUCUCAUAUUUAUAAAAGUAAAAAACUGUUUUAAUUUCAGCUUACCAUCUUUUAUACUGUUAUGUCGAGCUAUCUUACUUUUCAUCUGUUAACAAAGAGUCUAGCCUAUUAUUCUAUUUCGGUAUUGAACAAACUCCCUUUGACAUUAUGAUUCAUUUUUGAAGUCACGGUUCGAAUCUUACUACAAACAUGACUCUAGUAUUGAUUUAAAAAUGCAGGACUUAACGUCAAAUUUGAAGAGCCAAAAUUGGCAAUAACUUUAAAAUGACAUUUUUCUUUUGAAAUGUUAAUUUUUUUUUUUUGACAACUUGAAAUGUUAAUUUUAUGUACUAAAAACCAAAGAACGUCUAGAAUCAAAAGUGUAGAAACAAAUCAUAACUAGGGCCAAAACAAGAAGAAGAAUGAGUGAAGAGGUGUUGACCAACCGGGACUUCUAGCUCUAGUGGUAAAAGGCUUACAACUGCGAGUACCGCCACCUGGGUUCGAAUUCCAGCCACUGGAGAAUUAACAUUUCGGCAUCGUCAGGGACAGAGGACCGACACGUGGCAACACGUGAUUAGUCUAGACCACUUAUGUGGAGCCUGGAUACCUCUGUAUAAUUCAAAAAAAAAAAAAAGGUGUUGACCAACUGAACUAACGGUGUAUGGCGUCUCCAUGGAAUGUAGGAUUCAUAUUCCUUACUUAUUACU